AGCAGCUGAGGAGGAAAAAAUGACAUUGCAUCUCUACUAUAAAUAGCCCGAGGAAUGGUGCACAUUCACUCAGCCUAUGCAGUUGACCUUUGGCAACGAUCGUUUCUGCUGCAGCUGCUUGGAGCCCCAGGUAAGCUCAUCCUUCCAAAGAACAACGGGACCUGCCUUAUACUGAGCCAGACCAUUGGCCCAUCUCUCUCAGUGUUGCCUACACUGAUUGGUUUCAGCUCUCCAGGCUUUCAAGCAGAUGUCUUCCCAGACCUCCCUGGAAAUGUUGAGGACUGAUCUUGAGGCUUUCUUUGUGUUUUUCAUGCUGUCUGCCACUGAGCUUUGUCUCUCUCUUUCUUUCAUAUCCUUCCUUUUCUCCAAGGAACUCGUAGUUCACCCCCGCCCCGCCCCCAAAUUUUAUCCUCGCAACAACCCUUCGGAGGUAGGUUAGGUUGCAUGGGUUACCAGUUUGCUACCAGGCCAGGUUCAAGAUUACUGUGUUAAAUCACAAAGCCCUAGAAAACUUUGGCCCACUUUGGUCCCAAAGUACCUUAAGGACUAUGUGAUUCCUUAAGUUCAAACCUUGAUCUUUAAGGUCUAAUGUUGGCCCACUUUGGGUGGUUCCACAUGCCAGCUGGCCUUUAAGGUAAAGGUAAAGGGACCCUGACCAUUAGGUCCAGUCAUGGCCAACUCUGGGGUUGCAGUGUUCAUCUCGCUUUAUUGGCCGUUUACCUUCCCACUGGAUCGGUACCUAUUUAUCUACUUGCACUUUGACGUGCUUUCGAACUACUAGGUUGGCAGGAGCAGGGACUGAGCAACGGGAGCUCACCCCCUCGCAGGGAUUCGAACCACCGACCUUAUGAUCGACAAGUCCUAGGCUCUGUGUGUGGAAAGUCUCUUCACUGUAGAGUUCCCUGCCAGCAGCUCUGUCUACUUUCAAAUGUCUGCUGAAAACCAUACUGUUUAGACACUCCUUCUGAACGUGAGAUUCUUUGCAAGCACCUUUUACAGAUGUGUUUGGUGUUCUUUCUUUCUUUUUUUCAUUGCAGCAUUACAUUUUUAGGCUGCAUUCCGCCUUGCUCUAUGAAAGUGCAGUCUAUAAACAGUUAAAGAAACAAAUAAAUUCAUGGGGAGGAGGCAAGGCAGUGCUGAGAGUGCAGGGGGAUGUCUGGGUUGAUGGCAGCAGCUCCACGGGCUGCAAAUUUGGAGCUUCUCCUGAAUUGUGGCUGCUCUGUCACAUCAUGGCAAAUGCAGCUCCAACCACCAGGAGGGGGCCACCAUUGACCCAUGCUCCCAUGGAUUUAAUAAGUUGGUUGUUGUUGUUUUUUUUAAAAAAGGACCUGGGUGUCACUACUGAGGUGUUACUGCUGUGCAGCACUUUGCACACGAUGGAAAGAUUGCACAAAAAACCUGGUGGAAUUUUAUUUCUUAAGCUUUGGACAGCAUUCACCAUCCAUGCCAGCUCAGGAAAUGUUAGUGUCUUGAUUUAUAAUGGUAUGCUACCACUUCUCCUUCUCCUUCUAUGGCACAAUGUAAUGCUCCCCUGCUGUAGUUUUUAGCUUCAAUUCAUUAUGCUUUAAUUAAACCAUUUUUAAAAAAGAAAAAGAAAAAAAGAUGGUACAUAGAGUUUAUAUAUAAAUAAUUGGUUGCAUGGUCUGUUUAUUUCUGAUCUCCCUUCUAGACAACUCUGGUGAACUGAGUGUUUUGCACCUCUUUGUAACAGAAAAAUCACCAUGUGGUCUCUCCUUGGCUGCUUCCUCCUGGGUACUUUCCUAGCUACAGGUGAGGAGAUGUCUUACCAGUUUAUGGGACUGUUCUGGGUUCUGCAAGAGUUGGUAGCUGCUGAGAUAACAACAAAGCCAAUGCUUCUUUUUCCGAAGUCAAUAGAUAUGCUGAUGGCAUAAAACUAACAUCUCAACCCAUUCUGAGAAAUCUGUGCAAGAAACUAGCCACCAUUCUGAAUAUUUUGAAUGUUAUUCCCAGGUGGGAUGGAGCAUGGAAUGGGACCAGAGAGAUGGCUAGCAAACCUACAAGUUAUCAACCAACAGCAGCAAUGAAGUGCUCUCCAGAUAUUCCUGAACCCCGGCUUUCAUCAACCCUAGUCAGCUUAGUAAUUGAUCAAGAAUGAAGGGAGUUGUAGUCCAAAUCAUCUGGAGGUGCCCUAUUCCAGAUCCACCUGUGUCAUGAAAUAUUUGGCUAAAACAAAGCCAAAAAAACACAUGGCUUUGCUUGUGUUCCUCUCUUAUAGCCCUUGCUUUUGCCAGAUUCUUCCUCCUUUGUCAUUUAUCUGUGACACUCUGUAAAGUGUGCAUUGCAUAAUAAUGGUAAAAAUAAUCAUCUAAAUUGUGGUGGGCACAAUUCUAUGAAUGGUAAAAACAGCUAAGUGUUUGUUUCUCCAGGUACUUGUCUUCAGUGUGAGGUGUGCUAUGGCGGAGGCAACAACUGUACUGGUGAAAUGAAGACUUGUGGUGCUGGUCAAGAUACCUGCAUUAUCAGUCUGACGGAGUAUUCACAACGUAGGUAUUCUUGAGAGUCUUGGGCUGAGAUAUCACAUAGGUGCUAUGCUGAAAAUUUCAUAUGUUGACUAUUCAUUGGGUGGAUGUGGAUGAAGCAAACCCCUCACAAAAACUAUGUCUGUGUAGAAAUUUCUUCAACAUUAUCAGGAGGGGGCUGCCCUAUUCUUGACUCAACCUUUCCCUUCUCAAUCACCUGUGCAGCUCCCGUGAUAAUCACAUCUGUCGCUAAGGACUGUGGUUCAUCCAGCUUCUGCAAAAUUGGUGCUGAAGAGAUAAAUUUUGGGAGUGGAAUGCAAGUGAGAUCAAAUAUCGUCUGCUACAAGGAGAAUCAAAGUGGAACAGUCUCACUUCCUGGUAUGUACUGUCUUGUCUAUAAGAUCUAGAAACUUGCAUGGCUGCCCUCUAAUUGUGACCCCUAGUUCUCCAACAUAGCUACAAUUCCCAGAGUGGUUUAACAGUCUGUUCCUCUUCUUAGGGAAAUCUGAGAACUGUAGCUAUGUGAGGGGAGUACAGAAGUUGCCUAGCAACUCUCAGCACCCUUAGAAACUACAGUUCCCAGGACUCUUUGGGGGAAGCCAUGACUGUUUCAAGUGUUAUGAUACUGCUUUAAAUGUAUAGUGCAGAUGGGACCCUAGAUUCCCAGGAAGAAUAAUGGGCUCAGUCCAUUAUGUAGGAGCAGCCAAUGUAGAACCCUACUGACACCAACAUUGUUGCUACUUACCAAGAUGGUGGCAACAAGGUUGGGAUGGUGCAGGUGCCCUGAUGGGGGAGCAUGGGCUUGUUCUCCUGGUAUACCUUCACAGACCCAACCUCACCACAGCCCUGACCCACCAGCCCUGCACAGUACUAGUAAGCAUCAGCAACAACAGUAUAGGGAUGAUGGCUCCACAUCAACACCCUCCCACUGCAGCCACUUCUGCUUAUAAGCCUUACAGCCUUGGAGCCAUCUUUAAGAACUCAGCAGCCACGGUAAGCCUCCUUUCACUGAACCGAGAACUGACUGGCAAAACAGGAACUCAACUUCCUAGUGGAAUUAAAAUAAAAUUGCCCAGUGGAGUUAAAUUUAAUAGACUGGGGCAUCACACUGAGACAGAUUUCUAAUUUGCCAAUACCCUCUGAUCUGAAUGCUCUGCCCCCUAACCCCAGGGAUGGAGAAACUGCCUCUGCAGUUGAAGUUGGACUUCAACACUCAUCAGCCUCAGUGGGCCUGGUCAAUGGUCAGAGAUGUUAAAAGUUGUAGUCCAGCAAUACCAGAAGGAUCCCAAGUUCUCCACCCUGGCUGUAACUCUGUGCUUGUUUGUUAUCACUUCUCAGUGGGGAGGGAGCUUUAGUCCAUAAAAUCUUAAGAACAUAAAAAGAGUCCGCUGGAUCAAGACAAUGGCCCAUCUAGUCCAGCAUCCUUACAAUCACCAGCUAGGUGCUUGUGAGAACCCCCAAGGACCUGAACACGAGAGCACUCUCCCCUCCUGUGGUUUCCAGCAAAUAGUAUUCAGAAGCUCUGAGGAUGGAGAUAGAACAUAGUCAUCAUAGCUAGUGGCCAUGAGAACCUUGUGGUCUAUGAAUUUGUCCAAUCCUCUUUUAAAACCAUCCAGGUUGAUGGCCAUGACUGUCUCCUGUGGCAGCGGGUGGCACUGUGGUCUAAACCACCGAGCCUCUUGGGCUUGCCGCUCAGAAGGUCAGCGGUUUGAUUCCCUGCAACAGGGUGAGCUCCCGUUGCUCUGUCCCAGCUUCUGCCAACCUACCAGUUCGAGAACACGCCAGUGCAAGUAGAUAAAUAAGUAUCACUGUGGUGGGAAGGUAAACAGUGUUUCCAUGCACUUUGGUUUCCAUCAUAGUGUUCCGUUGUGCCACAAGCAGUUUAGUCAUGCUGGCCACAUGACCCAGAAAGCUAUCUGUGGACAAACGCCAGCUCCCCUAGGCCUGAAAGUGAGAUGAGCGCCGCAACCCCAUAGUCACCUUUGACUGGACUUAACCAUCCAGGGGUGCUUUACCUCUUUUACCUUUUUAAUGCUUCAUUUUAUAUGUCCUGAAUCUUUCAGCAUACAAAUUCAGAACAUUAAUAUUUAGUAUUUAAUUCCUUCCGACCUUAUUUUUCAUCAAAAGAGCUGAGGAUAGUGAAAAAACUUGCUUCUUCCUCAGCCCCCUAUUGUUUCAGAGUUGAGGUCAGGCAUUGGUAAAAGACACCUGAUGGCUGACCUUAAUUUCUCUCCAUAGUGCUGCCACCACCAGACACCAAACCCAAUGGUCUCCAGUGUCCUGGCUGUGUUGGGAUGUUUUCCACCAAGUGCAAUGCAAAGCCUGUUGCCUGCAUUGGAGAAGAGACCAAGUGCAUCAACAUUGCUGGCAGCGUCACAGGUAGAGAGAUUCAGUGUUUUCAAAAUUGUCUUUCCAUCAUCCUGAUCUUCAAAUGUGCUGAAGAGUGGGGUAACCAGAGUGAUCCCCAUGGCAACUCCAUAACCACCUGGUUUAGGUAGGCUGCUAACCCAGCAGUUCGAAAGCACGUCAAAGUGCAAGUAGAUAAAUAGGUACCGCUCUGGCAGGAAGGUAAACAGCAUUUCCAUGCACUGCUCUGGUUUCACCAGAAGCGGUUUAGUCAUGCUGGCCACAUGACCCAGAAAAACUGUCUGUGGACAAACGUCGGCUCCCUCAGCCAGCAAAGCGAGAUGAGCGCCGCAACCCCAGAGUCGUUUGAGACUAGACUUAACUGUCAAGGGUCCUUUACCUUUUUAAGACUAACAUGUGGGUUAAAGCAGCUAUUCUCCAGUUUUCAUGCUUCUCCAAAUAUUGCAUAGAAUCCUCAGCUUUUUUAAAAAAAAAGUACCUGUAAAGUAUCUGUAAAUUCAUACAGUUUAUUUUUAAUUUUAAUGCAUUGAAAAAGAUCUGCAGAAUGACACAGAAACAGGAAAAAAAGCUUAUGAAUACAUGAGAUGAUAACAUGAACCAGAAAUUGACUGUGACCCAUCCAUUGCUAAUCCACAUUUUCUCCAAAAUUUCAUUUUAAAAGGGUGGUGGCAACUAUAGUGGGCAGAGAGAGCUGUUCAUUGCAGGCUUGAUACUGACCAACAUGUUGGCCAUUUCUUGCAGUGGUUCAGACCAUGGAUGUUUCCUUAAAGGGAUGCGCUAAUGAGGCUUCCUGUACCAUGCUCAAACUGGGGCCAAGAACGUUUGCAGGAAUCAGUACGGAUCUGGCUACGGCUGAGUGCAGUGCAGCUGUUUCCACCAAAGCUCGGUAACCAGCUGACUCUUACAUCGCAGAAUGUCAUUGCUGCACCACAUCUUUCUUAUCUAAAUGGCUUGCCCUUCUUCACAUGCUGACUUUCUUAUUGAUUAGUUUAUUAGCUUCUCCCAAAAUCAAAUCAAAAAAUAAAUAACUGAAGAACUUGAUUAUAAAUAAAUCCUUGCAGUGCAAUACCUGUGUCCACCACUUGAGGCAGCAUAUGCUCCUUUAGAAUGAAACCACCAAUAGAGAGGGAGAUAUUUUGUGUAUGGCAGUUUAAACUCUUCCUUGAGUUUAAAAAUCAAGUGGGUAAAUGACCAGAUCAACAGGGAAUCACAUUGGAUAUUCUCUAUCUGUGUGCGAGAUUCAUUUGUUCCAGAAACAGAGAAGGAUACAGAAGUUUCAAGAAGCAGCAGAAGGCUGAGAUUGUUUUGUCUAUGCCAGGACAUUUUCUGUGGGAGCUUUUUCUUUGGACAUGUGCAGUGUGACAGGAAGCACUGAUAACAAAUGUUAUGUGUAACUUGGUGUAACUUGUUGUGAGUCUUUUGCUUACGCCUUACGGUGAGAGAAGCAGAGAGUGAGUCUUGGCCUCUUGUUGGACUCUAAGCCUGUCUUGACAGUGGUGAAUGUCUGUAUAUCUUUGCUACCAAU